AUGACAGAAAUAAAAAUUCAUUGUAACCAAUGUCAUACAAAGCAAGCAUAUGAAUGUUUUAUUAAUGAGAAAGGAAAACAAGUGACAGCAUGUCAAAAAUGCCGUAAUAAACGAAAAAAGACAUCGAUUCAAGUUCCAGAACAAGUACAAGACCAAGAAUAUAAUUUAAAAUGUCAAUCAGCUAUUACUUUUGAAGAUAUUAGCGAAUUUGUUUAUAAUUCACUAAUAUCUUUGGAAGGGACGAAUGAACAAUAUGAAA